UCGGAAACAGAUAAUGAUGUUCUAGUGCCUUCUAAAACUCUAGAAAACCAAAUUUCUCAUCAUUAGCACUUCCUAUAAACAUCACGCUGGGUAGCACAACUAUACUCCCCCGAGGCACUCUGGCCAUGGGGGUUGCACGUGCCAUCCGUCGCUUUAGUACAGAGGUACCUGAUCCGCUUCGUGAGGAGGAAGAAUCAGAGUUGACACAGAGCAUGAAGCCAACAACAUACAAAAAUGGCAAAGUUCAUACAAAACCCAUUCGUCAGCGGAGCCGAUUUGUUCAAAAAGAUGGCCACUGCAAUGUGGAAUUUAUCAAUCUCAGUGAGAAGAGCCAACGUUACUUGACUGAUCUUUUCACUACAUGUGUGGACAUACGAUGGAGAUGGAUGUUUCUUAUUUUCUCAUUAACUUUUGUGGUCUCUUGGCUAAUUUUUGGUUUCACUUUCUGGCUUAUUGCUUCUUUACAUGGUGACCUGGCUCCACCACCUGAAACAGGCUCCGAGGACGCCACUAGUCCUGCAUGCUUUUUGCAAGUAACCAGUUUUAUGGCCGCCUUCCUGUUUUCCUUAGAAACUCAGACCUCCAUUGGCUAUGGAUUCCGAAGUGUUACAGAGGAAUGCCCAUUAGCAAUAUUGACUGUGGUAUUGCAGUGCAUUGUGGGAUGCAUCAUUGAUGCGUUCAUAAUUGGAGCCAUCAUGGCAAAAAUAGCCAAGCCAAAAAAGAGGAAUGAAACUCUUGUUUUUACUGAAAAUGCUGUAAUUGCACUAAGAGAUGGAAAGCUGUGCCUCAUGUGGAGAGUUGCAAACCUUAGAAAGAGCCAUUUAGUGGAGGCACACGUUCGAGCUCAGCUUUUGCAGCCUAGAGUAACUCCUGAAGGAGAGUACAUCCCACUGGAUCACACAGACAUCAAUGUUGGAUUUGACAGUGGCACGGACAGAAUUUUUCUUGUAUCUCCAAUAACCAUUGUUCAUGAGAUUGAUGAAGAGAGUCCUUUAUAUGAGUUUGGAAAAGCAGAUUUAGAAGCAGCAAACUUUGAGUUAGUAGUCAUUCUUGAAGGCAUGGUGGAAGCCACAGCAAUGACAACACAAUGCCGUAGUUCUUAUCUUCCCCACGAGAUUUUUUGGGGCAGCAGAUUUGAGCCAGUUCUCUAUGAGAAACGUAAUCAUUAUGAAGUGGAUUACUAUCACUUCCAUCGUACCUAUGAUGUACCCAAUACACCCACAUGUAGCGCUAAAGAGCUUUCAGAAAGGAAAUACUCGCCAGUGCCGCGCAGCUCUUUCUGCUAUGAAAAUGAAGUAGCGCGUAAUUGCAUCUGUGAUGAAGAGACACCUAUUCUUUUGGACACUAAAUUGCACAUUCUAGAGGCUUCACAUGAGCUAGACAUGCUUAGAGUGGCUGAUCCCCUGGAAGAGAUAUUAUUAACAUGAAUUGACAGUUAAGUCUUUAAUUAUUCUAACUUGACCAAGGUGAGAUGAACCAAAAUUUGCAGACCCUUCUGCAUAUGGUAAAAAAAACGUCCCUGGCAACGGCAAGGACGAAAGAGGUCAUGAUACUUGGAAGAGGUUUUCAAGAAAAACAAUACAUUCAUGUAAAAGGGGAAUGCCUUGUUCUUCACAGCACUGAGUAAAAGAUGUAAACAAAGCUUCUCCAGGCAACUAUUUUAAACAUCUAGCUGUGUGAAAAGGAACAAUGAGCAUGGAAUAAAAGUCAUUUUCUCUAUGA